UCAUUUAGAAUGCAUUAUACAAGAGCGCGGGCAGAGAAAUUCAUGAAUGAGAGAAUCAUUGUUCUGACGACUGUCCUGGCUUUAACGACCGGUUUUUCACGAGGACUGAAUUGCAGCGGCGAUCCCUGUAUGUACGGGAUUUGUUUAGAGGACGCGAACAGCACCUACUCCUGCUAUUGCAUCGACGGUUAUACCGGAAUCAACUGCGAAAUUAAUUGGGACGACUGUUGGUCUAAUCCAUGUCUGAACGGAGGGACGUGCAACGACGCCGUUGCAGCGUAUAAUUGCACCUGUGCAGAGGGUUUUGUAGGCAUAAAUUGCGAACAGAGGUACAGCGAAUGCACGAACCAACCGUGUCUGAACAACGGGACAUGCUUGGAUUACGAUGGUAUCAUUUGCCAGUGUCCUGAUGGAUAUUCAGGUGAUUAUUGCGAAAUCGACGCCUCGGUUUGCAACGACACUAUAUGUAAAAAUGGAGGCGAAUGCGUGGAAGGGCCUGGAUUCUCUUUCUUUUGUCGUUGUCCCGAAGGCUGGACAGGUCGACUAUGCGACGAGGACAUCGACGAAUGCGUUGCAUCCCCGUGCAAAAAUGGUGGUCUAUGUAUUAACAUACCCGCUUCGUAUACAUGCGCCUGCUUAUUCGGAUAUACCGGCAAAGAUUGCGACAAAGUAAUCGUGCCCUGCGAGGAGAAUCCCUGCAAAAACGAUGCAGUAUGCUUGUUCGAGGACGAACGACCGAUUUGCUAUUGCGUCCCGGACUAUCAUGGAAUGUUAUGCGAGCUAAAAUACGACGACUGCGAGUCCAAAUUCGCCAACUGCGAGAACGGCGGUUCAUGCAUCGACGGCAUCAACAGUUUCGUUUGCGCUUGUCCGGCAUUUUACAGCGGACCGUUUUGCAAUGUACACGAUCUUCCAUCGACCUCUUCGACGCUUGAGACUGAUAACGAUAAGAUCACUGCCAGUACAUCGUUUUCACAGAGAUCGUCGACGCAAUCGGGAAGUGAUACGUCACCACUACCGACCAGCUUCACGACUACGCAAUCUCCGACAUCCCUUAAAAAUACCAACCGUUCAUACACAAAAUGGUACUAUCUCACCGAAACACCAUCCAGCAUAGGCAAGAAUGGCGUUACCUUUUUCGAUAGCAGCGGAAGCACUAGUACAGAAACUACACAAUUAAUCACCGAUAUAUCCUCGGUGUAUACCGUUGGAAGCAAAGAAAUAUCUCAGAGCGAAACGGUCUCGUUAGAGCCGCGAACAUUUCCUGAUAUUUCGAACGAAGUCUCGCCGAUGUCUUUGACGGUGAAGAUCGAGCCGGAAUAUACGACGCAAAAGUCAAUUCGUAACGAAAGUACCACUGCCGGAAGCACGACUAUUGAGACUACGUAUCAAGAAGAAGGUACUGGAACGUUUGUGUCCAUCGGUGAUACAACAAUUUCUGAUGCGAAUAGCACGACGAGAUACUUCCCAACUACAAAAUAUUACCCUGUGGUAACUACAUCUUCUGAAAAAACUACCGAAGGAACCACAGCAGCGGCAGGAAGCGAUAAAAGCACUUCAUUUUCUACUGUCACGUGGUCCUCAAGUUUUACAGAGUUCUGGCAGAACAAAAGUUCCGAGCCGAGUUUAAUAACAACAGAAGUGCCAAAAACUACGGCUUCCUCAUUUACAGAUAAAUGGACAUACACGCCGCCAUUAAAAUCUUCAAACACAGAUACGGAAAGUUCUACGUUCGCGUACACUAAUAACGUUCCUUUGUUGUUAACAAGUAGUACCUCAACAAGGCCAAUAUUCGAGGAAGUUACCACCGAACUGGAACAGUUGUCGACCCAAGGUCAGCCAUCGACGACUGAACAAAAUAGUACUAAAUGUUACGGUAUGCUGUGUACAAAUUCCACGGUAACACCCACCCGUAACGACAGCAAGUGUAAUUGUUCUGAUCGCGGUGACUGUAAAACCGAUCCAAGUAUAACACGUGCAGCCUUCAAUGGGAAAUCUUAUGUAAGACAGCACGCCGACGUAGAGCUGUCGGAUGACAAUAAUGCAACGUUAAAGAUUUUCGUAAGGCUCAGAGCGCGUUUCAAGGAUGGCAUUAUAUUGCACGUUUACUUUGACAAUGAGAAAUAUGCUUUGGUGUAUUUGGAAUAUGGCGCUUUGAAGUUCCAAUUCUCUUGCGGGCUUGAGACUAUGUUACUCGGCGAGAUCGAUUCACCCAUUGACAACGGAUACGAAGUAGAUAUCGAUACAAGAUUUCAAUACUUCGUCAGAAAUGAAACCAAUAAAUGUUCAGCACGUUUGCUGGUGAACGGGACCACGGCCAUCAGCGGCGAACAAAUUUUACCACUGCGUGGAAACCUUCCACGACAUGCAAAUUUACAUUUAGGCGGCAUACCAUUAAUAUUUACGCACUAUUUCUCCCAUGUAUCCAUGGGAUUUACUGGUUGCAUGGACUCCUUAAAGAUAAACGAUGUUCAGCGUCAUUUCAUUCGCGAUUCGACAGAAACGUUUCAAAUCGAGGAUUGCGUUUCUUUUCUGUGUUUGUCGAAUCCGUGUCAAAAUUUCGGUGCAUGCGAGGAAACGAAUGGCGCGGUACGUUGCAGAUGUAUAGCCGGAUACACAGGCCCAUUUUGCGAACGCUCUAUGUGCGAUGAAAAUCCUUGCGCGUUAGGUGCAACGUGCAUCAGCUCGCCAGGAACGGGCUUCGUUUGCGUUUGCCCUCUUGGAACUCAUGGGCUCUUAUGCGAAGAAGAUACCGUUAUAAACCGACCAUCGUUCUCAGUACUUGUACCUGGAUUGUCGUCGUACGUGGCUUACGGUGUUUCGAAUUCUAUAAAAGAUACCAUGGAAUUAAAAAUGAAACUCAUACCACGAACUUUGGAACAAAUAUCUCUUAUAGCUUAUUUAGGACAAAGCGGAUCGCGACGUGAAUUAUCCGAUCAUCUUUCCAUAACGUAUGUCCGUGGUUACAUCAUGUUGACAUGGGAUUUAGGAGCGGGCGUACGUAGAAUAUUUACGACUGUUCCUUUGAGUGCAACAACAAUGACAACAACAGCAAACAGGAGUUAUAUAGCCCAUACGGUUCAGGUUGGAAGAAGAGGUAGAGAUGCAUGGCUUGCUGUUGAUGGCAUAGCUAAUGUGACUGGACAGGUGGUUGGAUCCAUGACCCGACUCGACGUAUCACCGAUACUUUAUAUUGGUGGAUACAAAUCGAAGAACUUCGUAUCGUUGCCCCAUGAUUUACCCCUCCAUACUGGAUUUUCUGGAUGUAUAUUUGAUAUUGAAUUACGUACGGAAAGCGCUAUUUAUCCAAUAACAAGUUCUAGCCCUGCGACGGGACGUGGCGUCGGUGAAUGCCAUAGAAACGAAUGCAUCCGUCACUCGUGCAAAAAUGGCGCAGUGUGUUUAAAUCACGGGGCUACAUAUAGUUGUAUUUGUACAAAGGAAUGGAUGGGUUCUGACUGUUCCAUACCAGUGGAAGCAUUGUCCUAUGUUAACUCAUCCUCCUGUCGCUCUUAG